AUGUCGGGUAAAGGGAAACAAAGUUCUAAAAAGGCUGUUGUCAAAGUUCGAGAAAGUGGGAAGACUGUACAGUCUUCUGCACUUAAUUCUGAUACAAGUUCAGAGAGCACAGAGACCACAAUGUCUCUACCUAUUUUAAAAAUUGUUGAUAAUGGCCGUCUUCUUCCAAGGUACAGUAGUAUCCUGCAACGAAGUGCAGACGAAGGAGUGGGAAUGGAAGACCUUGACACUUUACAGUUAGAAUUAGAAAUGCUUCUCUCAUCUGUAGUUGUAAGACACCGUAUGCUCCAAGAGGAGAUAGCUAAUUUAUCUUCUGCAGAGGAACGCAGGGACAAAAGAUCCAAAAGUGGUAAAGGUCUUUCACUACUGGAUAAGAAAGUUAAAGAAGAGAAGUUUAAGCCAAAAGAGCUUAAUACUAAAACACAAUCUCCUCUACCAGCAAAACUUUUCAAACAGAAGGCUGUUGCUAGCUCGAAUUCUCAGGUCAUUCCAAAUGUACAUGAAAUUGCAAGAAUUGAAGGUUCCAAAUCUGAAUCACCAAAGUUACUCUUACCAAAAAAUGAUACACCUAAUAAAUUUUGGGCAUCUGUGGAUCCUUAUUGUACGGACAUUAUGCCCGAUGAUAUUAAGCUAUUAGAAGAAUUAAUUUCUACGCAUAGUGAUAUUAGUGACUUUAAAAAAAUUCCUUCACUGGGUCGCCACUACAGUUUAAUGUGGGCACAUAAUGAUUUGUUGCAAGAGGAAGAUGCAGCCAAUCCAAACAGGGACAAAAAAAAGAGUCGUUCAGAUGUGUCUCUGUUAGUAGGAAAAAAUGAUAAAAAAACUCAUAGUAUAGCAGGACCUCUGACUCAAAGAUUAGUUUCUGCUUUACUAGAGGAAAAUGUAUAUGUUGCAAAUAAUAAUACAGAUAAUAAACUCUUCAGGGAUAGUGAUCCUCCUGUUUUAAGGGACCUCACUAUUCAGAACUCGAUUAAUUUAGAAUUAAGGAUGCACAAAGAACUUGUUGAACAGGGACUCUUAGAACCGGAUGCACAAAAAAAGAGUCAAGAAGACGAUGAAAUUUUGACUGAAAUAAAAAGGUGUCAGCAGGAGCUCAGUGCACUUUCUAAUCACAAUGUGACACAGUUAAAGAGAUUAUUAAAUUUAGCCCAAGAAGAAAGUAAACGACAAGCGUUGAAAAGGAAAAUAAACACAGCGGAUAACGAAGUAAUAGAACACUACAAAAAACUUAUGCUAGCGAAACAAAGAAAGGUACCCUUGACAAAGAAAGAACAAGAGAAAGCGUGGGCGUGUCUUCGAGAGAGGGAGAAUCUCUUAGAUCAGCUGAACAUGUUACCACACAACAAUGUAGGAGAACCUAUAAAUUUCGGCACUACUACAAAUUAA